AUGCACAUGCUGAAAUUCUUUCUUCUCGUUUUUGUGUGUUUUGGACCACAGUUGGGGAGUGCUGGGACAGCCAACUCUUCGCUAUCCCUCAUCUACAAUGACCUUUCCAUCAUUGCUCGUAUAACCAAUGCCAUUGCUCUCCAGGCAGGAUCCAUCCAAAAAGAUAUCAAGGCUCGAAAAGUGAUCACAGAACUUCUAAAGGUUCAAACUAAAAGUUUCGAUGAGUUGAUGGCAAUGGACCCGAGGAAAUUGAUGAAUGAGUUGGAAACUGUUUUCAAUAUAAGCUCGGAAAUAUCUAAGGGAAUUGUGACAACUGGAGACGAAUUUAAGAAGAUAGAACAUUUCAACUUAGAUUUGGGAUAUGCUAUGAAUACGGUCUUGUCAACUGAUGUGCCGGGAUUGAUGAAUAGUCUGAAAAGUGAAUCAUUCCGAGAUGCAUUGAUGAUUUGUAAAAUGGGAACAGUCAAAGUAGUAGUUGAUUUCUUCAAAGCUAUGACCAGUGCUUCGAGCAACGAUCUGAAUAAGAUUCGAGCUCUGAAAGAACAUGGAAAAGAGGUCAAGGAAUGUCUGAAUUCAAUUGUUGCCAACAAAACGGAACUGAAUACGACGGUGGCGGAUAUUUAUCAAUUCAAACUGAUCUCAGGAGCUCGCGAUUUCUGUAAUAAUUUUUACAACGAUUUUUCGUAUUUCACUGGUUUCCAUGAGAAUAUAUUGCUCAUGAAGAACCUCGCGACAAAGGCCAAAAGGAUUUGGAAGAUGCCACGCCUUUACGAGAGAGUUUCUAAGAUAGGACAGCUUCUGGAGACUAUAUCCGAUCAUGAUAACGAGCCGAAACCGGAUUUGUGUGCUGGAUUCAUUGGAGUGGAUGACACGGCGAAGAUUUUGGAAGACGUGAAGAGUCCAUGGUUUCAAAAGGAGAUUUCAAAGGGGAAAAGUACGAAAGAUCUUGAAGAAGCACUCGAACCAUUCGGCAAGUUUGCGAAGAAACUCGGAGAAUUCAAGAAAAUUUGGGUGAAGUUCGAUGGAGGCAUCCGACAAGAAGGGGUCUUCGCAAGGGAAAUGAGCGCCUUGUUGGAUGUGGUUGAGAAUUAUUCUGGUCUAGACAAUGCCGAAAAGUUUUUGGAAGAAGCGGCUGCCAGUUAUAAGAAGACAUGGAACGACUCAAGAAACCAGCCAUUUGAUGCGAAGCCACUUUACCAGUUUGACAAAAAACUGAAAACGGUAAACGAAAUACUAACAUUUGCGAGGAAAAUUGAAAUGCUGUGUAAGCAACUGGUCAAGGAAUUCGAUUUUAUCACACUGGCACACGUACUGAAUGAAAUCGAGAAGUUGGACUUGUCGAAAUCAGAGAUAAAAGAUUUGCAGGAGGCGAUUAAUGGUGUGAAGCAUUACGAUACCUUGCGUGACUUCUUCGAAAACUUUGAUUCUUUUUUCGAAUAUCAAACCAAGUUGAACAACUUGCAUGGCAGCCUGGGUGACGAUUUUACCACAAUUGUAGCCGAUGGUACAGCAUUUAUAAAGAAUUCGUCGUUUUCUCAGAUGCUGAACGCUCGAAGUUAUGAUACCUUGACGUUCGAUGAAACUCUACAGUUCUUUAGGAAGUUGAUGAAAUUUGAUGAUUCGAACAAGAAAGAAGCGAAAAACCACUUUGAAACAUUCGAAAACUUGAAAAACGAGUAUUUCAAACUAGAGGAGUUUGUGAAAAGUUUGGGAUCGACGAGCUCCGCGUUGAUAGUCGACUUUCGAAAUGCUUCGAAUCUAGCGCAUACUUAUGGCCGAGGAGUUCACGUGUUUCGGGAUAUAUCGGAGGCUUAUGAACGAAGGGAUGCGAUCUUCAAGUCGAUGUCUUAUGAUAAAUCAGUGAAUGAUUUCAUCGAUCAAAUCCAAGGACACGAACAUUUGAGCAAAUUCUGGGGAUCAUACAAUAGAGAUGAGAAGAUGAACAGACUACUCGAAGAACUGAAAACCCUUGAGAAAUCGGUGAAACCAUUCGUCUCAAAAAAUUUCGAAACACUCCGACAAGCACUGAACACGGCGGUCAACGUGACUGGCUUACGUGGAUUCGAGUAUGGAUUUCGGGAUAUUAUGGAUCAAUUAUCGAUACCCAAUCGAUUAAACAAAACCUAUCGAGAUCCUGCUAUCGAGAACUCUCAGAAAUUGGCUGAUUUGGAUCUGGAUUUCUCGUCUCACAGGGGAGAUUUACUGGCCGCUUCGAUGAGUUUUGAUAAUAUCCGAGAGGAGUUUAAUACGAUGUUUGGGUUGAAUCCGAAGAAUGAGAAGACUGUCAAAAAUGAGUGGCUUGUAGUCGUAAUCAUCUCAGUCUGUAUCUUCCUUCUCCUUGUGAUAGGUGUUCUUUUGAUCUACGGAUUGACCGAAAAAGGACGGAAUCAAUAUAAAAAUUUGUACUUGUUCUACUUUGGGAAACCAGAAGAUUUUGAGAAACGAUGGAGGUACUCGCUAUUCAUGGACCGUAAGGAUGGAAAGAAUGCUCUGAUGGAUGCGACGAGAGAGAUUCAUGCGAUCAAUGUGGAGAAGGAAGCGAAACGUGGAGCAUUUAUCGAUUUUUAUAAUGAAUUCGGCAACACUGCUCUCCACUUGUCAUCUAAGCGAGGAUAUGCGGAAAUUGUGGAAGUUCUCAUCAAGAAUGGAGCUGAUCGGUCUCUUGUGAAUUAUCAGAAUAGGACACCCGAACAAAUGAUACCGGAGAAUUACCAGGAGACAUACCCGGAAAAAGUGGAGAAGUAUCAGAAAAUUGAGGCAAUUUAUAGAAAAUAUCGAAACAAGAAAUUCCGAAAACGAGUGCCCGAAGUGUUCCCGUCUAGCUCAUUCCAUAUUUAUGUUGAGGACAAGGCCGAUAUCGAUUUGACCAACUCGUUUAUGGCGAAAUUCAAGGCUAUUGUCACACCGACUCUUAUCCCCGCGACAACUCAUGUUAUCGUUAAAACCGAUUCGGAUGGCGUCCUCGAAAUUGAUGGUUUCGAAUACUUGACAUGGAUAAUGAAUGGAGUGAUUAUAGUGAAGGAAUCCUGGAUGACAGACUGUCUGAAGAAUCCGAAACUCAUCGAAAAAGAUUCAAAAUACUUGGUAGAGAAGGUCAGAUUCAAAGAUGUUGAAUAUGAUACAGUAACCCAAUGGUCGAAAGCUAUGGCUAAAGGAGAGAUGCCCUAUUUGUAUGGAGUCUAUGUUGCUAUAGUUAUGAAGGAACAGAAGAACGUAUUCUACAUCGCCUCAAUUGUGAAUGCCCACGGAGGAACAAUGUGUGAAGGUUUCCCUAUGAAAGAGGACUAUAACAUUGGAUCCCACCCUUAUCUUCAUGCAAAUCUCGGACCACUAUUUCUCAUUUCUGAUGGAUCGACUGAUCUCACCCUCUAUAAAAACGAUCCGGAUAAGAUGUACACGAUCCUCACUGAGGACGAAUUUGUGCAUUUGUUGCUGAAACGAGAGAUCAAUAGAGACACGAAGUUGGAUCCGAUUCAGGCUACGAAAGAAUCCGAUGAUUGA